AUGUGGUCGCGGACGGCGCGGCUGCUGCGGCGGUUAGCGCUGCUCGCGCCGUUUGUGUUAACGGCGCUGGCACUGCUGCUGCUGCCGCGCCCCCCGCCCUAUCGCGCCUCGCGGCUGCCCUCACCACCACCAACUGCGCAGCCCCGGGACGAUGUAUACAUACAUAACUCCAUAACGGAAAGCGAAGAAGUGAACAAUAUUAGAGAUGAUACUUCAAUGCGACCUUGGUACAUGACAGGGGGGGAGAGACGACCAAGGAGUCAUGAUAAGCAGGCCAGGGUUUUUCCGGAAGACCUACCUGGAGAAGACAGGAUCGUCGAACAGCUUAUGUAUACAUUGCCAAAAGACGAAGAAGUUCCUAUGAAGAAGAUAUUGCUAGCUAACGGUUUAGGUACAUGGGGUGUUUCGGGAGGUCGAACGGAAUUCAUCAGGAACAAAUGCCCAGUGGACAGAUGCACCCUAACCGCAGACUCCAGGGAAGCAGCUUCCGCGGAUGCCAUCUUAUUUAAGGAUCAUCACACGCCGUAUAAUAUCAAGCGUCCAUCUCAUCAAAUAUGGAUUUUAUACUACCUAGAAUGUCCCUACCACACCGCGUCACUACGGCCAACGUCUAUCGAUGUAUUUAAUUGGACAGCUACCUACCGGCGAGAUUCUGACAUCGUAGCGCCCUAUGAAAAGUGGGUCUACCAUGACCCUAUUGUCACCGAGAAAGAAUUAGAGCGGAAUUACGCGGCUAACAAGACUAAAAAGGUGGCGUGGUUUGUUUCAAACUGCCACGCACGCAACCGUCGGCUGCAGUACGCAAGGCAACUCUCUAAAUACAUUCCAGUGGAUAUAUAUGGAGCUUGUGGGCCUCAUCAUUGCCCCCGAACAGACCCAAAUUGUCUGGAGAUGUUGGAUAAAGAGUAUAAAUUCUACCUCGCCUUUGAGAACUCCAAUUGUCAGGACUACGUCACCGAAAAAUUCUUUGUGAACGGAUUGCAACAUGACGUGCUUCCAAUAGUUAUGGGUGCUCGGCCCGAUGAAUACGCAGCAAUAGCGCCGCACAACUCAUACGUACAUGUGGAAGAGUUUGCCAACCCAGAAGAGUUGGCAACGUAUCUACGCCGACUCGACGAGGAUGAUACGCUUUACAACUCCUACUUUAAGUGGAAGGGCACUGGUGAAUUCAUAAACACAUACUUCUUUUGUCGUGUGUGCGCAAUGGUUCACGCUAACGCGCGAAGGCAGCGAAACGCCCAUUACACAGACGUUCAAGCGUGGUGGCGAGACGCAACUUGCACGCGCGGCGAUUGGCGGUCGACCGUGCGCGACUCGCGCGAUAAAGUCUAG